AUGGCUGCAGCAUCUGUGCCGCAUGUUCAGAGCACCCUAUCACCGCCACUUAGCUCACACGGGGGCACAGAUAAAUGGGAGAUUUCCGUGCCAAUCCAAUCAGAGAAUUCACAGGCGCCUAAUAUAGAAAUUCAUUCAAAAAAAUUUACUCCCGAUCCGCAAAGCGCUAAGCUAGAUGUGUCACGACGUGCAAACACAAACACCUUGAAUCCACAUUCUGAAAAUGAACUUUUAUCUUCCCCACGACUAAGUGUCUUAAAUACAAAAGACGGUAAUAUUAGUGACACAGGUAGUGCGACAGAUAGUCUUCUUGACUUGUAUGGAUUAAAUCGAGGCGGCAUAAGCAGCAUGGAAUCCGGAGACGGCCUCUCUUCUAACAGCUCAAAAAUUAAGCCAAAUGAAGACUCGGAGAAGUCCAGAUGGAUCCAUAGAGAUAAACUUGCGCGUAUCGAAAGCCAGGAGUUACAAGCUGCAGGCAUAUUACUACCUCACUCUCGUGCGCCGAGUAAAGCUUCCAGUAGACGUCAACAUAGCCGAGAUAUACCAACCACAAACACAAAGGCUGAACAGACUUCAAAACGACAACAAAUAGACUCCUUGCCCACAGAAGAAGAAGAAGCUCCUGAAAGCAACACUUGGGAUCUAAGAUUACCUGAAGAGAUCUUGGGAUCAAGUUACGUAGACGCGGGUGGUAGUGUGAAAUCACUAUCAAGAAUACCAGUUUGUAAAAAGAGCCCUUUUCCUAUACCCACGGUACACUUGGAGCGUGAUACGCCCCUUCAGAGGAAAAAGAGUAGCACAUUACUUGAUGAAGAAGAUACAGUAUCGUAUUCAAAAGUUCGUGGAUCAAAUGAAAAUAAAAAGGAAAGUAGUACUACAGCAAGUAUACAAUCUAAAAGGGCAGUUUCCGAAAAUCUACCUCCUAAGAAACCAGGCGUUAGAAAUCGAUCGGCUUCUGCCAAUAAACUUCCCACACAAAGGCCACGUACUAGAUCUGGAUCUAUUGGACCCCAGUCACUUCUACGCGGUGCAGAAAGUGCACAAGCUACAACUAAGCGACCUGAGGGAGACCCUCCAUGGUUAUCCUCUAUGUAUAAGCCUGACCCAAGGCUUCCCCCAGACCAACAGAUUCUUCCUACAAUUGCAAAGCGACUACAACAAGAAAAAUGGGAAAAGGAAGGGAAGUUUGGGAAUGUCUACGAUACAUCUUUUCGUCCACUUAACGACCAAGCUCCAUUAAAGCCUUCUGCCUCUUCCCCGACACGAACAAAUGAAUCUGGAAGUGAACAUGGCACUGAAUGGCCUCUCAGGAACCCGAAAAGCCCCAGUUUAAGCACCGGAAGACCAGGAACAGCAGGCGGCUAUUCAACGAUGCCCAAAAUAAUUGAACUUCCACCUGCACCGAGUCCUUUACCAAGCGCCAGAGCUCCCAUAAAAUUACAGGAGCCAGAACCAGAAUUAAAUAAAAGAAAGGCUUGUGGAUGCUGUACUAUCAUGUGA